AUGCAGAUAGCUCUGGAUGCAGAUGAAGAGUACCGUAGCUUCAUGGCGGUGCGGGCGUCUAUGGUGGCGAAGGCAGAGGAGGUUGACAUGGCCAGGGUCGAGCUAGAUACAAGGGAAGUCGGCGCGCUCCAAAGAAUGGCUACAAACGCCCGGGAUCUGGAAGAAUGUGCGGUCAUGUUCAGGCGGCGGUGGGAACGCGAACAUCUAGGAACUUAG